GGGGAUCGCUCUCUCAGCUGUGUGAUUCUCAUUGGAAUGGGCGCAACAUGGCGGAAAGUAGGGGCUACCAAGUAGUAUCCACUGUCACGGAACCAGUUUUAACCGCGUUCGCGCUUUCAUAGAAUUGGAAAGCUGGACGUAGCCACUGUGUCCACAAUGUUUGACUCUGUUCCCUCGUGUACCACGACGCGUUUACAUUGUAACUGUAGAUGAGACACAUCGAGAAAGUCCAUUGACAUGAGUAAGACGGUCACAGCGACGAGGUCCUCUAUCCCACUCCCCGCGGAUCCUGUGCUCAGUUCGGGUGCAGUGAUCUUUCCCGGUGCAUUCGACCAACAAGGAUGCCCUUUGGUUGUGUUCCCAGCAGAAGCCCAAAACAAACUCUCGGAUCUCACCAAGGAGGACAUCCAUGGCUUCAUAAGCUAUUUUCUACGUUUACAUAACGAAAGCCAGGAGAAAGAGAGCUUGGUGUCUGUUGUUGUCGACCUAAGGCAUGCAUCGCUCUCGACCACAAGAUGCAUAUGCGAAAGCUUGCAACAGCUGGAGCUUCACAAGAGGACUGUUCACACUCUGUAUGCUGUCCAGCCAAAAAAGAAAGAUGCCCUGAAGUUGUUACAGAAAGUCCUCGUGCUGGGCAAUUCGAAAAGAUACAUUUCAGCACCUUUCAAGCGCGUUUUCCUUAAAGAAGUCUUUGAACUGUAUAACCACAUCGACCGAAGCCAGUUGAGCCCGUCACUAGGAGGAUAUCUUGUCUACAGUCAUGGGAGUUGGGUUGCCUUUAUUAAGGAGAUUGACGUCUUUGUGAAGGAGUUCUUGUCAGUGGUGCAGAGGUUGCCAUCAUACAUUGCAACCUUGCAGACCAUCUCACAGCAGACAGUGCCUUCAGACUUUGAUGAACUCCAAGAGUUUUGUUCCGUUAACGAAGCCAGGUUUCAGCAGCUGCGCUGUGAGCUUGGCCUAGAUGCACUGCUUAGGCACUGUGAACAAGUGGUGGGCAAGCUGAGGUACCCUGAGAGCGAUCCCUGCUACCAGGCCAUGGCUGGCACUGCCAUCUUCACUCACACAGCAUAUGACAUGCUGCUCAACUACAGCCGAAUAACCUCAGCUGUGGAGAAGGUUGAGUUGCUGUGGCAACAGGCUUUUUCUAAGGUCCACCUGCAACUGAGGAUACUCCAGCUACAGAAAGAUGCACAACAGAUAACGGAACAGAUGGGUACCUUGCGAAAGGAGAAACUUCAACCUUAUAGACUCGAAGUGGCCAAAGAUGCCAGGACGGCUAAUGAACUGAAGUCAAAAUUUGAUGCUUUUAUAUACACUCCUGCCAUGGCUUUAGUCCGUCGAGCUGAAGAUGUGAUCCACACGGUGCCGGAGAUCCUGUGUCCUCUGGGCGAGAUGCAGCCUCGUGAGCAGUGGGUGGAGGAGCUGGAGAUUCUGAAGGAGCGUUUCUAUGCUACAGUGCAACACCCCUACCAGACCCUCAGGGCUGUGGCAGACUUCCACCACUACUAUGAUGAGGCCAAGACGUGGUACGAUCUAGUCCUCUGUGAGAACUUCCUCCAGGAUCUUCUCUGGGGCGGGAACUGUGAAGGCUUCUCCACCACACGGCACCAUCCUCAAGAGCCAGUCUGUGGUGUGCCGGUGUGGAGGCAGGCGGUCUAUGCCUUUCUCAGGAAGAACCCGUCCCCAGAAAUGUCUGAGCUGGUUCAGCUUGCACAUCUGGCCACCGUCGUUCCGGAGCCAAUGUUACAACAGUCAGGGAAACGGCUGUCACAUCGUUGUAUGACCUUGAGGAAGCUACUAACAUCCCCUGGAGCAGUGGCCUUGAAUGACCUGCAGUUGGCCCUGCAGUGGCAGUACGAGUUUCUCAGAGGAAGUUGCCAGAACACUCCUGUCCCAGACCUGUCAGAAAGCAAAGAGCCUAAAGAGGUUACUGCAUCAAGCGCCCCUGGAGCAGCAUGCGGUCUACCCUCUGAACAACCUCUCGGGUCAUCAAGCUUGCUUUUGGAGCUAACGCCGCCCACAAUAGACAGUCUGCGGAGGUGGGAUUCCGGGAAGGGUGUCUUGCACAAUCAGUCGACUUUACUCCCACCUAACUCUGGCACCGCCUGUGCUCCGGCCUCUGGCAAGCCGCCAUCGCUGAGUUCUUUCGACUCUGGCUUUGAUGGAGCUGGAAGCAGCCACUUGGAGAACGGAAACUGUAAUGUCAAUAGUAAUGCAAGAGAAACAGCACCUGAUGGAUUAUUGAGAUUGCCUGUCGGCCCUGAUCAAUUAAGACGGAGGCUGCUGCCACCACCCCGGAUUCACGAGGAGAACAUCUCCAGCGUUUCUGAUUCUGAUGAAGUGGAUCACCAGGAAAUCGAGAUUGGCGGCACGUCGUCUGCCAGCAUUCAGAUCAUUCCCAAAAUCACUUUCGACUCACUGAACUUUGAGAUUAAGGUGAAGCGGUCGUCCACCCUGCCCAAAAACCCCUGGCUCAGUUUGCCAGUAGAAGAUCUGGAGAACUCCUACACUGUCACCAUCACACCCACCAAGCUGUCUCACAGUGUGGACCGGAGGAGUCCCCCUGCCAGCUCAGAACGGUCCAGCUCUAGCAUGUCGCGUGAUCAGCCCACACAGACGGAGGUUAUGACCAACUGCAGCCAGCCUGCAGUUGUGAAGUCAAGAGCUCUCUUCAUAGAGGACAGCUUUGACGUCUCAGAACUGAGUCCAGUUGGAGGCGUUCUGUCCAGCACCAUCACGGAACCAGAGGAAUCGCCGAGCUACGUGACUGAAGGCCUUCCAACACUGCUCUGGGACACCUAUGAUUUCCACCUCGGACAAGACGCAUGUGAUGGGUUAUCCACCUCCUUAUCUGAAGUGUCUUUGGUGGACUGGGCACAGCGGGAGCAUGAAGGACUAAGAGAAGUGGCAGAAAUACUGGACCGCGCUGCAGGGAUACUGGAGGAAGAGGAGAACAUUUUGGCACAGCAGGAGAUGCUAGAUGCUCUGGUGCAGUCGGAGAGUCCAAACAAACAGUGGCCAUUGUGGGAGCCGGAGGAGCAGUUCAGUGUGAUAUCGUCCAGUGAGUUGGUAGAAUGUGGCGUCAUUGGCCUUGAAAAAGACUUCGUCUGUCUAUCGUCGUCCUUAAGCUCCGAGAGUGAAACAAGAGUUUCCCCCUUGCAGUUGGCUGAAAGCCAAAAUCGGAUUAAUCCCAAUCUGGAAAGAGUAGCCCAGAGUAGCCGAAAAGAUCUCCUUAAAGAACUGCAGGGGCUCCAUGAUCUUGAGGAGCGCAUUUUGCAGGAGAACAAAAAGAUUCACGAGUUGAGAAUCCAGGAAGUGGAAGAGCUCCCACAGGAAAGAUCUAGAACAUCAUCAAGAUCCCGCACGGACAGGGAGAAGUUCAGGAAGGAGCUGGAGAAAGAGAAAAGGGAAGUUGAACAAAUGGAACAGAGCCUCGACAAGGAAAUGGAAAAAAGCAGGCAUAAGGUGAAGAAAAGUCUUAGUAGGUCACGCAGAGUUUUGACCCGCUCCAUGACUGAAAGGACCGCGAGAAGAGAACAGGAGAAGAAGCCUUGUCAAAAGCCAAGCUUAAAUUCACAGGAGCAGAAGCAUCAUGUAGAGAAACUGAUGGGAGUGGCAGACACAGGAAAAGUUAAUCCCAGUGCGGAUGGAUCAUCUGAGGCAUCACUGUUCCCAAGCGACACCAUCCCACCGAGGAAUCCUCCAGGUGACCUUGUGCAAUCCUCAGGGGACAGAUUAGAACAUUCCAUCACAUUCCCUGGUUCUAAUCUGCCCCCUGAGGAUUGCACUAAAGUUCCCUCUUCAAUUGGUUCUACUGGUUCUGAGCGUGCAGAUCAAGGUGCACCAGGAUGCCUAAUGGAUGAACUUAAAGCAGAGUCAUGUUGUGAUGGGAGCAGCAAGAAAGUGUCUGUAAGGACUGAGGAAGUGGAUGAGUUGGCUGUUGUAGAAGCGAUAGAAAAUGUUGAUGUUUGCAGGCAUGCUUUAGAAGAGUCAGGGGAAGGGGAGGCCUCUAACGUUUUGGAUUCCACCACGUCACAAAAUGUAGACGUCAACAUCACAGAUGAGGUAGAGGGUGGGCAGUGGGAGGAGGGUUUGUCAUGUCCAGCAUCACUAUCUCAACCUGGUGGGGGUUCCACAGAAACGACUCCGGUACCAAAACCAAGACAAUCUCCAUCUAUGGAGUUCUCAUCCGUUACUGCACCGGAACAGGACGUCAUUGUAGACCAUCCUGAAAAGGCUCCAAGCUCCACCCCUGUAGAUCUCUCCUCAACCUCGACUCCUCCGCAGCCUAAAGCCAGGACUUCCAUGAGGCCUGUGAUACACCCAGAUGUCAUCAGGCUUAGCAGCAAUAACAAUAACAACAAUCCUGUUGGUGAAAAAGCAGGGGUGGUUUCGUGUAUAGUUGACCCACCAUCGUGUAUGGAAGCCGAUGGGUCUAAUGUUUCUGUGCAAGACCCAGAGGUGGACUUCAGAAACAAGCACUCUCAUGAUUUAAAUGGCUGUGAAGCCUCUGACUCUUGUCCUUUAAAAAGCCCAGUACUGGAACACCACACCACUGAGCAUUUAAACAUGCCUGAAGUCUAUGAACCGACUCCUGUACAAAGCCCAGUAUUGGCAUCUGAAAACAAGACCACUGACUAUUUAGGUGUGUGUACAAUGUUUGAGCCAACUCCUUUUGGAAACUCUGUAUUUGGAAACCAUUCCAACCUACCAGCCCACUCAGAUGUGUUUGAACCAAGACCAACAGAAGACCCAGAGCUGGAGAUGUCCGGGAAGCGGGACGGUGAUGAGUUGGAUGUGCGUCAAAUCUCUGACGCCUGCUCAGAAUCGGAGCAUGUGGAAGACAUGAAGACUUCAAAUAAAGUGGUAGAAGAAGGCCGGAAUGAAGACGGAUCUUCUCAUGUUUUCAGGAGCAGUGCUCUUUCAGUCUGCCCCAGCAGGUCAUCACCCGUCAAUCAAGUAAGAGAGAUGUCCCACUUUAAAGUUCCAGUUGUCCUGGACACUGGGUCGGGUCUGAUGAAAGCUGGGUUUGCUGACCAAGAUCUGCCCACUACCAUAUUUCCAACAGUGAUUGGAGUCCCAAAGUAUGAGGAGGUCAUGAAUGGCAGUUUUGAGCGGGAAAGCUACAUCGGUCAUGACGCCCAGCACAUGAGGGGAGUCUUAGCCCUGAGGUACCCCAUGAAGAAUGGCAUUAUUCGCAACUGGGAUGACAUGGAAAUGAUCUGGAGCCACACUUUCCGUCAGCUGAGCGUGGAGGCGGAUGAGCACCCGGUGCUGCUGACUGAGGCGGCGCUGAACCCCAAAGAGAGCCGGCAGCGCAUGGUGGAGCUCAUGUUCGAGGCCUUUGGCGUCCCCCUCACCUACGUGGCCAUGCAGGCAGUGCUGGCGCUGUACGCAGCUGGACGAACCACAGGUGUGGUGUUUGACUCUGGAGAUGGGGUGAGCCACAGUGUGCCUGUGUUUGAGGGAUAUUGCCUUUCUCACGCUGUGCAGCGCUUCACUCUGGCUGGUGGAGAUGUUACGCAGCACCUCAGAAAGUUGUUGCAGGAGCAAGGUGUUUCCAUGUGCACGUCAGCGGAGCUUGAGAUCGUGAGGGACAUGAAGGAGAGGCACUGUUACGUCGCUCUGGACUACCAGGCAGAACUGGCACGUGGAGGAGCCUCAGGCUCGCCCGCCUAUUACACUCUACCAGACGGACAGGCCCUGUCCCUGACCACAGAGAGGUUCAGAGCUCCUGAGAUCCUUUUCAAGCCUGGGCUGAUUGGUCGUGACCACUAUGGCAUGCAUGAGAGUCUUUUCAAGUCCAUCCUUCAUUCUGACAUUGACCUAAGAAGGAGCUUUGUGGGCAACAUUGUUCUGUCAGGUGGCACCACGCUGUUGACCGGCCUGCCAGAGCGUCUUCAGCGUGAACUCCAAGACAUGGUGCCCCCAGACCUGGCCGAGGCUGUCCGGGUGACGAGCCCCAAGGACCGGGACUUCUCGGUGUGGAGUGGAGGGGCAGUGCUUGCCAACCUGCCUGCCUUCAGCUCCACCUGGAUCGGACAGGAUGAGUACGAGGAGUUUGGCCCUCAGAUAGUCUUCAGGAAGUGCUUCUGAGGUCAGGGGUCAGGUAACUUGUCCCGGUUUACCCCAUGCUUGUCCUUAAGGAGGGCUAUUGAAAUGUACUCGUCAGGAAGUGACUUCAUCCCGUGCAUGCACACGGCCAUGGCCUUCAAGCUAGCAUGGGAUACCGGACCUCCUGCAAAAACACCCUUAUUGUCUAUGAAGAACAAGUGCAAUAUAACGUGCUAACGUGCCAAUAUCCAAGGUUAUAUGAUGAGUUGAUGGUGCGUGCGUGCGCAUGUGUGUGGAUGGAUGGAUGCAGAAUGGGUUUGGUUGUUUUGCAUUGUUGCGCAUCAUUCUGUGUACUCUCUAGAUCACUAAAUGUGAUGAUGGGACUGCAUUUCUAAAAUGAACUUGCAGAGUUUCACUGCAAGAGGUUAUGUUGAAUGGACACUCAUGAAAUCAGCCAAUGAUCUAAAGGAACUUACAGGGUCAUGCGAUUUUAAUUGUUUUUAUUUAUAAUAAGCUGCACCUGCACUUGGAGUAGUUCAUGUUCAAAUCGAGCAUUGAUAAACAUUUGAGGGUGGGCAGAUGUCUUUUGGGUUUCCGUGUUUGUGUUUGGUCAUGUCAGUCUGGUACUUUUUAUGUGUUUUAAUGAAAUAUUUCUUUAAAAUUAUAAAUACAUAUAUGAAACGUGGAAGGAUUUAAAUAUAUAUAUAGAAUGACAUAAUAAGCUAUAAGUUUUACCUUCUCAGUGUUAACUUGGUUCUAAGUCCUUAAUAUUUUUUGUGUCUUAUCCAUUUUGGCCUUGUAAUCAAUAGGGUUGAUGUGUUAUUGGCAGUAUACUUCCAAAGUCACCCAUCUCUUGACUGCAAACCUGGUCUGUGGGAUGUUACAUCUGCAUCUUUUGUACUGUACAUUUGCUUGUAUUUGGUUAUGUUUUGUGUGUGUUUCUUAUUUGCUUUGUUUGUUUCUUUAUUUGCUAUACAUUUUGCUUUGCUUGCUGUGAUUUUGAUUUUGUUUGAAACUCCCUCUGCAUGGUAUUCUCCUUAACAUAUUGAGUUUUCUUCAAAAGACUUUGAAAAACAGUUGUGAAGAAAGAAAUUGUGUAGACCUGUAGUACAGUGAUUGACAUUUGUGAAGUAUUUUUCCCCUAGACUGAAGCAUUUGUAUAGUCUGUAGACUGCAUUUGUUUAGCAUUCCCGCAGACUUGGCACUCUUAGUAAUUAGCUCCCUUACUGUGUAUUUGCACUAGCCCUGUCACACAGAAUUCUAACAGUCACCUUUUUCACCCCAAGUAACGAGACUACAUUCAGCACUUAAAUGAUUCCUCCUUGUCUGUGUUCAUGCAUGGGUUUGAAUCCCCUUGUGUAUGUGCAGAAGGACUUCAAUGUGACAUAACAGCCAAUUCUGUGUACGCCAUUAAGCAACACUUUAAAUCCUAUGGAUAAAGGCCAAUUGUUUGUGUACAUGUCACAAUGAAAUGUUUGGUUUAAUGCAUUGUGGGCCUUCUGUAUUUUCCCCUCUACUUUUACUGGACCCCAAGUUACGUAUGUCAUGUCUGACUUUUUUUUUUUUUUUUUACAAUAUAUGAUCGUACCUAAACAAAUGGCUUGGUGAUCUUCGUCUUUUUUUAUCACUAAAUCUUUGAUCAUCUAAUCACAAUCUGAAUGAAAUUAUGACCGAUUGCAUAACACAAGCACAUUUA